AUGCUUAACAUCUCCUGUCACAUCACCGAUCCCUCGGGUGUCACGAGGCGGUACACUGUUAAGACGGAGGAGAAUUCGUCCGUUCAACAACUCCUUGAUAGGAUUCAAAGUCGAUUCCCUCAAACGUUGACGAGAAUCCAAAGGAAUGACAGGAUAAACAAUGAGCCAGCACAUAUUUUAUUCUUCGACGAGCCCGUUGAACCCGGAGAUGAAUUCUUUUUUGGCUUCGAGCCAGAAGAGGUGAGUGUCAUUUCUUUUUGAAGUGCUUCGGUUUUAGAUCGGCGUCAGAUUGCUUCAAUCGACGUAGGGUAAGAUGACACAAAAUGAGAUUUUUACCCACUAUAAAGAUGUAUUUUAGACCCAAUGCCUUCAGAAGGCGUCCCCCACAACUUCAACCCCACCUCCACAACCAACUGCGAACGAAAGUUCUUUCCGUGAAAAGUUGUCACCAGUAAUUAACAUGCCGAUUCUUCUGGAAGAGCCGAUCUCAAACAGUACUCAGCCUAUUUACAUGACGUCAUCGUUCCCAGAGUCCUCAACAUUGACGCCACCAUCUCAAACAUCAGCGGCAAUUGUACCAAUUGCGCCGUUCCAGGCAGAGCAGUAUUCAGAAACCCCGACCCAUCUGACUUCCUCGUUGGCUACGAUGACGGUGGAGAAGGUUCUGCAAGGUUGUCGGAAGGCCGAAGUGAUCUAUGAGAAGUUGAAGCGGGCCGAGUCCAUUCUUCCUGCAGAAAGACAACUUUUGGUGCGGACUGCGGGCAGAUGGCUUAUGGAUUGUUGCGCAACGUGAGUUCAAAAGCUAAAAUAUAUUUUGAAUGACAUUGAAGGAGCACUCCCAAAUCUCAAUUUUAGACGAAUGAAACCCACCUCUGCAGAACGCGCCUUCUUCGCAAGAGAAUUUUUUGGCAAACUCCCCAACUUCCAAUAUGAAAUUGUAAGUACAGUAAUCCAGUGGGGAUGGAAAUGGUUUUAGAAGGACUUCCACAACAGUCAGAGCCGCGGCUUCCUUGAUGUUUUUAUCUACAACGAAAGGGAUCGGAAGAGUCGAGCGGGCGAAUUGAAUCGCCCCUUUAUUCCGUCGGAUGCGCUGGUUAAGAGCUUGAAAAGGAAAUUCAGCAAGGUCAGCGAUGGCCAAGGAAAUAAAAUCGAGGAUCUUGGCAUGUAAGUCACAUAUUUUAUAUGAAAGUGUCAUAAGUCUGGUCAUGAUUAAAAUUGGAGACUUAAAAGUUCUUUUACAACCAAUAGAAUCUUCUCUUAUCAGUAAUGAAAUUAAGAAAUACUGUCUUAUCAAAGGUAAAAGUCCAUUUUUUUGUUUGCUCUGAAAAAGUAUGGAACAGUGAUAAGAGACUGAUUAUUACAGUCGUAAACGGGUCUGUAAAAAAUGGGUUUGCGAGAAAACUGUAGUCUUAUCAGUUCUCUUAUCAAUAAAAGAAAAGAUUAUUGAUUUUGAAAUCAUUGGGUUACUGUAACUUUUCAUUUUAGUGGUCCAUUUCCGACUGAACUUACUGUGCCCACUGAUACGAUCACUUCCUUGUCGUAUUUGGAGGAGGAUCCGGCGGCUGUAAGUUUGAUUUCCAGAAUUUUUAAAGUGACUUUUAAUACUUUAUGUUUAACGUAUCUUUUUCAGUUCGAGCUCCGAUUUGCCGAAGUAAUAAUCCGAGAUUUCCCUAAUCAAGUGGCCGAGAGAUUGGCGGAGCGAUGGGAAUUCGAGAUUGCUCCGAAAAUUGUGAAAUAUGUGAAGAAGGUGAAUUUCGAAUUCUACAAUAAGGCCUCAGAAGGAAUCGCUGACAAGGAGGGACAACAUGGAUUAAUUGCCCUCAAAUUGAUUCCAUUUUUGGUGAGGAGAGUCUACAAAGACCACAGUAAACUCAGUUACAUCAUCGUCUGUUUGAAGGUGAGAGAUUAUUUUUUUGAGUGGAAUUUCCAUUACUUUUGAGAGGAAAUGUUCUCGAAUUUUUUUGAUUCUUUAAAAAAACAUUUUAAUGAUGUUUUAGGAACUAGACGAUGCUGUAAUGCUAAAUUCAAUGAGAGAAAGGCACGAUGCCGGCCCAGUCAUCUUCACAGACAACAAUCAAUACCGAAUAGUUGUCAUGGAUAAGAUGAUUAGAUGUGAACAGUCGGCCGCAUUGGCUUUGGAAAAGCUUCUCAAGGCUUAUUAUGUCUACUCGUUGCCCCUGAGUUCGAUGAGGAAAACAUUGUUCUUAUUUAUCUUAACCUUUUUCCAAAUCUCACCCAAAGCAACGAGUGCCUUCAAGGAGACCGUCAAGUGUAUUAUGACCACUUCAUAG